UGUUUAUAUGUGGAUUUUUUAUAUUAUAGAUAAUUUAUUCAAUAAUAGUUGAUUAGUUGGUGUUAAUGGAAAAUCUUGCGUUUCCACAAUUUUAUUAUGAGUGCUACAGAAGAAACUGUUGUCUCGAAAGUUUUUGAUGAUUUGUCAUCUGUUAAAUUGAUAUCCAAUCCAAGAUCUAUACGUCGCGUACUCAACCAGAUUCCAGAUGAUAUACUCAACAAUGAACAAUUAAAUGCUGCUAUAAGCAAGUUACCUUCUAACUACAACUUUGAAAUCCAUAAAACAAUAUGGCGUCUCAGACAAGCUCAGUCUAAAAGAGUUGCACUUCAAUUUCCGGAAGGAUUACUUUUAUAUGCAUGCGUAAUUGCUGAUAUUAUAGAAGAAUUUACAGGUGCUGAUAUAAUUAUAAUGGGUGAUGUAACAUAUGGUGCAUGCUGUGUAGAUGAUUAUUCAGCCAGAGCAUUAGAGUGUGAUUUUAUGAUACAUUAUGGACAUAGUUGCUUAGUUCCGAUUACCUCGACAGAAGGCAUCAAAAUGCUCUAUGUUUUUGUUGACAUCAAAAUAGAUAUUUUACACUUUAUUGAAACAGUGCGCUAUAACUUUUCAAAAACAUGUCGACUUGCGUUAGUCAGUACUGUACAGUUUGUCUCAUCUUUACAAGUGGCAGAAGCAGAGUUAGUUGGAUAUAAUGUUAUUAUCCCUCAAUCUAAACCUCUCUCACCAGGCGAAAUUUUAGGUUGCACUUCACCAAAAGUUCCUAAUGUGGAUUCUGUUAUUUACCUUGGUGAUGGAAGAUUUCAUUUGGAAUCAUUUAUGAUUCACAACCCAGAAUUACCAGCUUAUAUGUAUGAUCCUUAUUCAAAGCGUUUUACAAGAGAAUAUUAUGACCACAUAACCAUGCUAAAAAAUCGUAAAAGUGCCAUUGAUCAAGCUACUAAUGCCAGAUGCUUCGGAAUUAUUCUUGGUAGUUUAGGUAGACAAGGAAACCCAAAGAUCUUAAAGAAUAUUGAAGAAAAAAUCAAAGCAUGUGGAAAGGAUUACAUAAUUAUAUUACUAUCUGAAAUAUUUCCAGCAAAACUAGAUUUAUUUGAAGGAAUUGAUUCAUGGAUUCAAAUCGCUUGUCCUCGUUUGUCAAUUGACUGGGGGUUAGCUUUCAAAAAACCAUUACUUUCUCCUUACGAGCUCGCUGUUGCGUUGGAGCAAUGUUCGUGGCAGUCCAUCUAUCCGAUGGAUUAUUAUGCAAACGAUAGUCUUGGUCCCUGGACUAAUAAUAAUAAAGAUCAUUUUUCAGGAAAAUUGGUGAAGAAAAGAAAAAAUAUAAAAAUUGAAAUGGAACAUGAUAUUAAAUAAAAUUCGAAUUUUUCAGAAUUUUUGAUACAACUCAUACUAUAUAUAGAUUUAUAGAUAAUAUGAAACAAAUUUGAACAAAACUUGAAUGCUAAAAUUAAAUAAACUAUAAUAAAACAGUAAAAUAAUUUUUACAUUAGAGCGAUUGUAGUUUGUAAUUUUGAAAGCUGUAAUUGAAGUAGAUUAUUCUCUUAAAA